UUGGUGCAACGAUAGGGUCUUCUGGGACCUCACGUUUUGAGAAGCAGGACGCCCAUCAGUGGGCUGGAAACCCAAGGACGAGGAAGAUGACGGAGUCCCGGGUGAAAAGGCUGGCAGUAACCCUGAUGGAUGCCACCACAGACAAGGACCCGCUGGUCCAUGAGCAGAUCUUCAGCGCUCUGUGCUACUUGGGAGAAGCAGAACCUGAAGAGGUCCUGAACGCCUGCGAGGAAUACCUGCGGCAGCAUGACAAGCUGGCCUACCCACACCGCGUAAUUAUCCUGCGGGCCAUGGAAGCUGUGGUGAGGGGCAGCGUGGCGCGGAUGGACAAGAGCACCGCCAAGAUCGUCAUCUUCUUGGCUUCCAAUGAGAUGACCAAAUCCAAGGACGUCGUCCCAGAGUGGCAGCAAGCGGCCAGCAACGUCCUGGUGGCGGUGGGGAGGCGCUUCAUCAACAAGGUGAUGGAGGAGGUGCUGACCAAAUUUCAGCCGGGUGUCCUGCCCCACUACUUCAUCGUGUGGACUUUUGCCAGCCUCUCUGUGGCCAACGUCUUUGGGAUGGUGCCGUUCCUCCCCUCCAUCCUCGGGACGAUGCUGCCCAUGCUGGGAAUGGCCAAGCAGGAGCACAUGAGAGCCGUCUUCUGCUUCGCUUUGCAGAACUUCAGCGAGAGCAUCCAGGAGUACCUGGCGAACCUGGACCAGGCCCCGGACCCCACAGUGAGGCGGGACACCUUCUCCCAGGAGGUCUUCAGUGCUUACGAAGUGCUCUUCAACUGCUGGCUCCUGAGCCGGGAGGCCAAGCUGCGGCUGGCGGUGGUAGAGGCACUGGGCCCCAUGAGCCACCUGUUGCCCAGCGAGAAGCUGGAGGAGCAGCUCCCCCGCCUCAUCCCACGCAUGCUGGCCCUGUACAAGCGUCCAGCAGAGGCCUACUACGUCUCCAAGAGUUUGUGCCAGAUCCUGGAAGCCUCAGUCAACAUCGGGAGCCGCACUCUGGACACACAGCUGGACGCCCUCCUCGACGUUCUGCAGCUCCAGAUCAGUACUCCCCUGGACUCCUCCAUGCCUGUCCAGCUGAAGAACCACAACGAAGUCCUCCGGUGCUUCACUGUGCUGGCUGCUUCUUUCCCGGACCGCUUGCUGGGAUUUCUGCUUCCGAAGCUGGAGUCGGGCAAUGAGAGGAUGCGGGUGGGGACCCUGACCAUCCUGCGGCAGAUCAUCAACAGUGCCCCCUCUCAGAUGGAGAUCAAGAAGCCCUUCAUCCUGUCCUCCAUGAAGCUGCCUCUGCAAGACAACAGCAACAAGGUGAAGCGGGCGAUGGUUCAGGUGAUCAGCGCGAUGGCCCACCACGGGUACCUGGAGCAGCCGGGCGGGGAAGCCAUGAUCGAGUUCCUUGUCCGGCAGUGCGCCCUUCCGGUGGAGCAGUCUUCUCAGCUGCCCCGGCGGCAGUCCCUGGAAACGGAGGACCUGACGGAUGGCCACGUCCGGGACAUCAGCGUGAACACCCUCUUCCUCAUCAGCACCACCGUCGACAGGAUGAGUGAGGUCCUUUGGCCUUGCCUUCUGGAAUUCGUGACCCCCGUGCACUUGACCGGUGCCCUGGCCCCACUCUGCAGGAGCCUCGUCCACCUAGCGGUGAAGAGGCAAGAGGAGGGACAGAAGGACUUCCAGCUCCACUGUGACACCAACGGGAAUCUCCCGUCUCCAUGCGCUCUAAUGGCCAGGAUGCUGGUUGUAGCUUCUCAGCCGUACCGAGGGGAAGGCCGUGGGGCAGCUGCUCUGCGUCUCCUGAGCGUCCUGCCCCUCAGCAUCCACCCGACUCUGGAGCCCUUCUGGGGAAAGAAGCUUCCCGAGUUAGUGGAGCACCUGGAAGCAAACACAAAGGCGUCCCUGUCCCAGGAGGCGUGGGAAGGCAUACUGCUGAAGUUCCUUCAACAGACCCUGACGACGAUUUCAGACUCCUCUUGGACGUGUCGGCUGAUCCUGGAAAUGAGCCGGCAGCUGAGCAGCUACAACAGCUCCCCCGUGGAGAAGAACUUCCUCUACAAAUGUGUUGGGACGGCCCUGGCCGCCUGCGCAAACAAGGAUCUGGUGCAGAAGCUGCUGCAGGAGCUUCUGGAAACCGCUCGAUACCAGGAGGAGGCCGAGCGGGAGGGCCUGGCCUCCUGCCUGGGCCUCUGUGCAGGCACCUACCUGGAUGAGACCCUGGCCAAGCUGGAGGAGUUUGUGAAGUCGGAUGUGUUCAGGAAGUCUGCCGGGAUCUUCAGCAUCUUCAAGGACCGCAGCGACAACGAAGUGGAGAAGGUGAAGGGCACCCUCAUCUUGUGCUAUGGCUACGUGGCCAGGUACGCCCCGAGCGAGCUGGUGCUGGCCCGGAUAGACACCGACAUUCUCCGGAACAUCUUCCUCUACUUCAACACCAAGGACCUGUCGCUGAAGCUGUGCCUCACCCAGAGCAUCUGCAUGGUUUGCCAGGCCAUCUGCAACAGCGCCCAGGCCGGGGACUUCAGCUUCUCCCAAAAGGCUGAGCUGGUUGCGCAAAUGAUGGACUUCAUCAAGGCGGAACCUCCUGACUCCUUGAGGACUCCCAUCCGCCAGAGAGCCAUGGCUGCCUGCGGGUACCUGGUCUUCCUGGAGCCCCCCCUCAGUGAUGCAGAGACGGCCGACCUGUUGGACAGCUGCCUGAAUAGUGUGUUCGCCCUCCCCGAGGCAGAAGCCCUGAGGGAGAAGGACGGGCCUGCCCCAGAGGCACUCUGGAGCGACACCGUGCACGCCCUCAAGGACCUGCUGAAGGGCGUCCUGCGGAGGCACAUGACCCCCCACGGCUUGCAGACCAUGUUUGAGCACCUGGGCCCCUGGAUCAAGUCCACCAAGGAGCACGAGCGGGAGAGGGCCGUGGAGGUGGCGGCCGCCCUGCUGGAGUUCUAUCGGGAGAAGCUGAACGUCAGCACGGUGGUCCCCUUCCACAACCUGGGCCUGCUGAUGGCGCUCUUCUCCCCCCGCUGCACGGACUCCCUGGCCAGCGUCCGCCAGCACGCGGUUGACUGUGUGUAUGCGCUUCUCUACAUCCAGCUGUGCUAUGAAGGGUUUUCUCGGGACCACCAAGACGAGUCCGUGGAGAAGCUUAGAGCCGUGAAGCUGGGCCUGCGGGACCCCGACGUCAACACCCUCUUCCAGGCCUGCUGCGGCAUUGCCAAGGUCAUUGCAAAGCGCAUGCCUCCUGACCAGCUGCUCAGCCUGCUGCUCUCCAUGCUGGAGGGGCUGGUGGACCCCGACCGGAACUGCUCCCGAGCGGCUGCUGUGAUGAUCAACUCCCUCUUGAAGGAGCGUGGCGCAGUCCUGCUGGAGAAGGUGCCCGAGAUCCUGGCGGUGGUGCACGCCAAGCUGCAGGAGGUGGAUGAGGAGCACGUGCGGAAGGCUGCCCAGCAGACGGUCUACAUCCUGGCCUCCCAGCACAAGGCUGCAGUUGUGUCCAGCCUGCUGAGCAACCCCCUGCCCAUGGACAGCUGCACCAGCACCAUGUGGCGGGCGCUGGCUCCCGAACCCGCCCUGGCCUCUCAGGUCAUGGAGCUGCUGCUGGAGAAGAUCAACCGGGAUGUCCCCUACAAGGAGAACAAGUCCUUCCUCCGGGGGAGCAACACGGAGCGCGUGGCCACUGUCCUCCCCCUCUCUGCUACCUGCGCUCUGCAUGAGCUUGUGUCUGUCCCUGAGUCUGGGCCGGCCGUGGUGGGUCUCUACGCGGAGUUCUUUGUGUCGCUGCUGCUGCGGGUCAGCUGCACGGUGGGAGUCCAGUCUCCCAGAAACCUGCCGUCCAAGGAAAGGAAGAGCCUUGGCCGGGGGCAGCCCCCCCGGACUCUCGACCCCUGCAGCUCUGCGGUGGACACGCUGAAGGCCAUGCUGACCCAGGGGGCCAGUGGGACGGUGGCCAGAGCCGUGACGGACGCUGGGGGCUGGGAGCUGCUGUGCAGCGUGGAGAAGCACCACGAAGGCGUCGCCCUGCUGGCCGGUGCCAUGGUGAAGCACGCUGGGCCCAAGCUCUCCCCCAUUGUCAAGAGGCUCGCCCCCAUGCUGAACAGCAUCUAUGACAGCCAGAGGGUGACCACCACGGCCUUCUUCGCAGAGCUCCUCAAGAGCAACGUGGUGAAUGACCUGGUCCUCUUGGAAUCCAUGAUGGACAACAUGACUGCCCGCCAGAGAGACCCUUGCACGGCCGUGCGCAUGCUCUCCCUGCGGGGGCUGGGCAACAUGGCCCUGGGCUCACCGGGAAAGGUGAGGCAGCAUGGCACCCAGCUGCUGGCCUCCAUGGUCAACGGCAUGGACGACAAGGAUGACCCCCACAACGCUGUGGCACUGGAGGCCAUGUCCAGCCUCUCCCGGAUCCUGGCCUUCACGGAGGAGAGGGACGUCCGUUCCAUGCUGCUCCACAUCGCCAUCCGCAUACGGCCCUUUUUUGACAAUGAGAAACAGGGGCUGCGCCAGUCGUCCAUCGUCCUCUUUGGGAACCUGACCCAGUUCAGUGCCGGCAGCUGUGAGGACGCCUUCUUUGAGCAGAUCCUGAAUGGCCUCGUGACCCUCCUGCUGCACCUUCAGGAUCCCAAGCCGGAGGUCGUCAAGGCCUGCAAGUUUGCGCUGCGCAUGUGCGGCCCCAGCAUGGGCUGCCCUGUGCUCUGCGACAUGUUCCAAAACCACCUCCACGAGGACCGGAGCCUCCACUACGGCGAAUUCAUGAAUGACGUCUGCAAACACCUGAUGCAAAAUUAUCCAGACAUGCUGAGCCGCUUGAUCGCCACCAACCUCUUCUACUUCAAGAGCAACUGGGCGGACAUCCGUGCCGCGGCUCCCAUGUUUGUCGGUGAGCAUCACCCCCUUCUACACCCCCACAUCCCUGGCCUCCCCCACACUGGUCCCCGGGUGAAGAGCAGGGCGAGCUUCCCACCCCACACAGCCAAGGUUCACACCCCUGCCCGACUUGCUCUUCCAGGGGCUCAGCGGCCCACGUGCCUGCCCCCUCCUGGCAGGGGCUCUUGGGGCUGGUGCCCCUGGUGGUCGACAUGCCAGGAAGAGGGAUGCGAAUUGCACCUGCAGCCCCCACCCUUGCUGGAGGUGGGCGGUGAAGAGCCUAAAGGCUGCAGCCCGGGCCUGGCUAGAAACCCCCGCUUCUCUGGAGGCUGCUCCCGCUCCCACUCCCCUCCUUAG